CACACACAUACACACGCCCGGGGAGGCAGGCCGGAGAGACCUCCCUCCCGCCCCUCCCGCCCGCCUCCCUCCCCUCGCCGCCGCCGCCGCCGCCGCCGCCGCCGCCAGCAUCUGGGACCGGCCGUUUCUGCACCUCCGUCCGGCGCUGCCCUUUGAUUCGGAUUUCCAUCUUGCAUUCUCCGGCGGACCGCGGGACCCGGCUCGUGCAGAGGAGGGGGGCCGAUCGCUAUGGAGUAUUUCAUGGUGCCCACUCAGAAGGUGCCCUCUUUGCAACAUUUCAGGAAAACAGAGAAAGAAGUGAUAGGAGGGCUCUGUAGCCUUGCCAACAUUCCACUGACCCCUGAGACGCAGCGGGACCAGGAGCGGCGGAUUCGGCGGGAGAUCGCCAACAGCAACGAGCGGAGGCGCAUGCAGAGCAUCAACGCGGGCUUCCAGUCCCUCAAGACCCUCAUCCCCCACACAGAUGGAGAGAAGCUCAGCAAGGCAGCCAUUCUCCAGCAGACGGCGGAGUACAUCUUCUCCCUGGAGCAGGAGAAGACCAGGCUCCUGCAGCAGAACACACAGCUCAAGCGCUUUAUCCAGGAGCUGAGCGGCUCAUCCCCCAAGCGGCGGCGGGCAGAGGACAAGGAUGAGGGCAUCGGCUCGCCGGACAUCUGGGAAGACGAGAAGGCAGAGGAUCUGCGUCGGGAGAUGAUCGAGCUUCGGCAGCAGCUGGACAAGGAGCGCUCGGUGCGAAUGAUGCUGGAGGAGCAGGUGCGCUCGCUGGAGGCCCACAUGUACCCAGAAAAGCUCAAGGUGAUUGCACAGCAGGUGCAGCUGCAGCAGCAGCAGGAGCAGGUGCGGCUGCUGCACCAGGAGAAACUGGAGCGGGAACAGCAGCACCUGCGGACCCAGCUGCUGCCCCCCCCGGCCCCCACCCACCACCCCACAGUGAUCGUGCCGGCGCCACCCCCUCCCUCCCACCACAUCAACGUCGUCACCAUGGGCCCCUCCUCGGUCAUCAACUCUGUUUCCACGUCCCGGCAAAAUCUGGACACCAUCGUGCAGGCGAUCCAGCACAUCGAAGGCACCCAGGAAAGGCAGGAGCAGGAGGAGGAACAACGACGAGCCGUCAUCGUGAAGCCAGGCCGCAGCUGCCCGGAGGCCCACGCCUCCGACACUGCCUCCGAUUCGGAGGCCUCGGACAGCGACGCCAUGGACCAGAGCCGGGAGGGGCCAGCAGGGAAUGGGGGGCUUCCCUGACCACCCCCCAGCCCUCCUCUCCCCUCUUGGAGCUGGAGGGGGCCGGGGGGCAGCUACAGGGAGCAAACGCAGGUGAACGAGUGAGGAAUUUUUACAAAAUUACAACGUCAUUUGGGUCUCUUUUAUGACCUCUUUUUCAAUACUGUAAAUCGACCUUUGAGUGAAGCCACCCGACCUGAGGUCCCCGGGGGCUGGGGUGGCAGGGGCAUGUUGGGAGCACCGGGACACCUGGGGCUGGGCCUCGCCCCGGAGGCUGGGGGAAGCUGACACAGGUGCCUGGCCUCUUUCCGCCAAAAAGCAUUUUUUCAUUUAAACAUGUUUUUAAGAACAGGGAAAAAUCAAACAAAACCCCAAGGUAUGCUGCCCUCCCCAGAGCCAGCCCUAGACCGGCAGUUUCUGACUCCUUCCCUCCUCUUUUUGUUUUUUUCCUUUCUCCUUUAAGCACUUACAUGGGUUGGGGGUCUGGCUGGGUCGGAGCUCUCUGGGGACCCCGGGGGUCUACGUUGCUUCUCGGUUGGGGUUUGCUGCUGCCCUUCUCCCCUCCCCUCCCGGCCUCGGCUCAGCUCGAGGAUUUCCCCACCACCACCCAGCCCCACCCCUCCCUCCAGGUUUCCCAUCUUCCACCCCAAAAAUGUCUUUGUCUCUCUCUUUUUGUUGUUUGUCGUUGGUUCCUUUUGGUUUUGGUUUUUUAUCUUUUUGUUUUGUUUUUGUUUUUGUUUUUGUUUUUUUAUUUUAUUUUUUUUUUUUUAAACAAUUUUGAGGUCUUUGUGUUCAAGGAGAAGCUAUUAUAUUUUGUUAAGAAAGUGGGGGGAAAAACCAAGAGGCCACCGUGCCUUUAUAAAGAAACAAAAUAAAGUUUGUACUUUGUUUUUUAGAUUCUGUGUCUGUGGGGUGUGUGCUGUCCUGAGGAGCCAGGAAAGGCUUCCCCGACUAGAGUAUGGGGUGCUUUGGGGGCCCACAAGAGGGGCCUGGAUGUGGCUGAGCAGUGACUUUCCCCAGCUGGAGUGU